AGUGUAUUUACCGCUACCGUAAUUCGGUGAGGUAAUAUAAAUUUUCCUAGCAGCUGCAGUGCACCGUUUUUCCCAAUUCCCAAACAGCGCCGAGAGAUCAAGAUGCAGGCAAUCACGAGAAAAUUAGGGCACCAAUCUCUGAAACAUUCACCUGCAAUUUCAUCUUUCAAAUCUCUCUAUCCUCCCUCUGAUGAUCACUAUUAUGGUUCGCGGUUCGCAUCUAACGUUGCCACCAGUGGUGGCGGACAUCUAGCUCGCAAGGGAACUGGUGGAAGAUCAUCUGUUAGUGGAAUCGUUGCUACAGUCUUUGGAGCUACUGGAUUUCUUGGGCGUUAUGUUGUGCAAGAGCUUGCUAAAAUGGGCACUCAAGUCUUGGUUCCUUUCCGUGGAUCCGAGGAUUCUCCUCGUCAUCUCAAGUUAAUGGGUGACCUAGGACAGAUUGUUCCUAUGAAAUACAAUCCCAGGGAUGAAAAUUCAGUUAAAGCUGUGAUGGCAAAAGCUAAUGUUGUGAUCAAUCUCAUUGGAAGGGAAUAUGAGACCAGAAAUUACAGCUUUGAGGAAGUCAACCACCAUAUGGCUGAACAGCUUGCAAUGAUUGCCAAAGAACACGGUGGUAUCAUCAGAUUUAUUCAAGUUUCUUGCUUGGGGGUGUCUCCUACAUCCCCAUCUAGAAUGCUCAGAGCUAAAGCUGCGGCGGAAGAAGCUGUUGCACGCGAACUUCCUGAGGCGACCAUAAUGCGACCAGCAGUGAUGAUUGGUACAGAAGAUAGAAUUCUGAAUCCAUGGGCACACUUUGCAAAGAAAUAUGGUUUUAUCCCUCUGUUCGGAGAUGGUUCGACAAAAAUUCAACCUGUAUUCGUUGCUGAUGUAGCUUCUGCAAUUGUUGCUUCUUUGAAAGACAAUGGUAUUAGCAUGGGAAAAGUUUAUGAACUUGGUGGCCCAGAUGUUUACACUAUGCAUGAAUUGGCAGAGCUCAUGUUUGAUAUGAUCCGUGAAUGGCCACGCUAUGUGAAUGUUCCUUUUCCUAUUGCUAAGGCUCUUGCAUCUCCUAGAGAAUUUUUGCUUAACAAGGUUCCAGCUCCAAUGCCUACCCCUACGAUAUUUAAUCUGGAUGCAAUUGAAGCCCUUGCCACGGACAACAUUGUGUCAAAAGAUGCUUUGACUUUUGAAGAUCUAGGGCUUGCGCCACAUAAGGUGAAGGGAUAUCCGGUUGAGUUUCUUAUCCAGUAUCGUAAAGGUGGACCAAAUUAUGGGUCAACUGUUAGUGAAAGAGUGUCUCCUGAAUCUUAUCCAUGAAGUUCUUUGGUCUAGCAUGAACGCCGUUUGGACCUUAUUUGGAAGAUUGGUGCAGUUAAUUUCAGCUUCUUUUACAAGAUUUCUGGAGUAUAGCCGCGAGAACAGGAAAAUAAAUGCAAAGAGAGUUUUUCAGCAAAUGCAUGUUGUGUAAUGCUGAGACCUACACUCUUUUUGGGGAAAGAUGGAGUUGACUAUGAUUUUAGGUGUUUUUUGUGCCGUUGUCUCAAGGAGAUUGUAUUUUCUUUUUCGAGUUCACUUCUGUGUUCUCCCUUCUGUAUUUCACCUAAGUAGUAACCAAGAAAAGUUGGAACAUGAUUGUAGUGUCAGGGUAAAAAAAUAUUAUUUCAGUGUAUUCCUUCUGUCCAACUUUUGCCAUUGCUGUUCUUCUAUUUGGCUGUCCAAAUAGCCGUGUAAGUCUCCUAAAUAAACAGAAUACAUACUUAAAUACUUUACAAUGCCAAUGAUGUCUUCCUGGUGGGAAAUUUUUUCUUUC